CCCUCACCAUCGAAAAAAAAAACAACCCAAACCUCCUUGUCCUCUCUCUCCUCGCAUCUGGAGUGCUUCGUCCCGUUCCGGGCUCCUCAGUAUAAGAGAGACAUGGACCUCCUGGAGUGGGUCCAGUGUAGGACAACAAAGAGGAUUUAGAGACUGGAGUGUUUUUAUUAUGAGGAAAGGCUGAGGGAGCUGUUCAGCCUCGAAAAGAGACGACUGAGAGAGGACCUUAUUAGUGGAUAUAAAUAUCUAAUAAAGAUGCCAAGAGGAUGGAGCCAGGAUCUGCUUGCUUGUGACAAGCUGUAGAUAAAAAAGACAAUAGGCAGAAACUGAUGCACAGGAAAUUUCACCUCGAUAUAAGGAGGGAUUUCUUUAUCAUGUUGGUGACUGAGCACUGGCACAGGUUGGCCAGAGUGGUUUUGGAGUCUCCCACACUGGAGAUACUUAACUGCCUGGACACAAUCUUGUGCCAUGUGCUCUAGAAUGGCUCUGUUUGAGAAGGGAGGUUGGAGUAGAUGACCAGCUGUGGUCCCUUUCAGCCUGACCCAUUCUGUGGUCCUGUUGUCAGUUUCUCCCCAUACUCCUGAGCACAUGGUGGUGCCUGUUAUCUCCCCUCCUGCACUCGCAGCCAUUAGGAGUGAGUUAGGAAUGGGCUGGGCGGUCUGGUGUGGCUCUGUUCUGCCUCAGCACCAUCCUUGGUCGUGCUGUCACUCCAGAAGAUGAUGUGCCUGUUGGCCAAAUUGCAGGGGGAGGAAAUGCCUGAGUUUAGUUGCCUCGUUAUUUACACCCAGGAUGGAAUAAGACGUGGCCGUCCAAGAGCAGACACCGUCCGAGACCUGAUCAGUGAAGGAGAGCACUCUUCCAGCAGGAUACGCUGCAAUAUUUGCAACAGGGUCUUUCCACGAGAGAAGUCGCUGCAAGCCCAUAAACGAACUCACACUGGUGAAAGGCCUUAUUUAUGUGACUACCCAGACUGUGGGAAAGCCUUCGUACAGAGUGGGCAGCUCAAGACUCACCAGCGUCUCCACACAGGAGAGAAGCCUUUUGUCUGCUCAGAGAAUGGCUGUUUAAGCAGAUUCACACAUGCAAACCGUCAUUGUCCCAAGCAUCCUUACGCCCGACUGAAGAGGGAAGAGCUCACUGACAGGCUGAGUAAGAAGCAGACGGCUGACAAUAAAGCUGUGGCUGAGUGGCUAGCAAAAUACUGGGAGACUAGAGAGCAACGUGCUCCUGCUUUGAAGACCAAAGCAAUCCAGAAAACGGAUCAGGAACAACAGGACCCAAUGGAGUAUCUCCAGUCUGACGAAGAGGAUGAUGAAGAUAAAAACAGUGCUCACUCAGCUGCCCGCCACCACCGCCUCCAGGAGCAGCGUGAACGCAUGCAUGGUGCGCUGGCACUCAUUGAGCUGGCAAACUUAGCUGUGGCACCCCUGCGACAGUAGAUAGGAAGAGCAGUCUCUGUCCAUAAAAAAUGUACUUUCUGGUGUUACUUAACCAGUUAGAUCCCAAGCAUAAGCUAAGCACCUUAUUUGCUUAUAAUAGGCUGCUAUUCUGUAGAAUUUAUGAAGAAUGUUGUUGCCCCAUAACAUGGGGUGAGAGAAUUGCACUUUUGAUAAGGUAGAAGACUGAUGUAAAAUUUCUAAGUAUUUUGUAAAUAUGGGACUGCAUAAGGCAGGGUUGACAAAUUUAUGUGUUGUGGAAAGCUAGAUUUUGCAAGGUUAACUCAUUUAUCUGAAGCAGAUUUCACAGGAAACUUUCUGAACAAAGUGUUCGCAAUUAGCAGGAUGAUGGUACAUGUGGCCAAAGAAGGCUGACAAAAAAAGUAUUUAUCUGACUGUCUAGCAAAAUGAUGGGUCUGGGGAUAUUUUUAAACAGCAAUGAAACCAUGCUUUUCUAAUGUCAGUGUAUCUUUACCUAGCAUCUCCAAGGUGAAGGGCAAAGGUUAGUUAUCUCAGCUUGUACAGGGAAAGAAAAUGCUUCAUGCAGGGAAUAUCUUCACUGUGACUGCCCAAGAUAUGAGGCUUGACUUUGCUGCUUCACAUUUUUUUGAUUUGAUUUCAACAGAAUCUCUUGGUAGCACUUAUUACUCCUAACAUGUGUAGUUGGGAAGUUUUGCACAUUGUUUUGUCUGAAAAUGAUUAGUCUUGCAAAGUCUAGAAAAAGGUAAGCAAUUGGUAAUAUUUUUUUCAGGUGUUUUUGGGCCCUGUAGUGAUUUGGCACUUGAUUUUGUUAAUAAAGGGGUUAUUUACCCCUUUUAUAUUAAAGGGGUGGUAUGAAUUUGUAGUAAACUAUUUUAGGUCUUCUAUUAGCAAACACUAAGUUUUAAAGCAUUGCUUUUAUAAUGAUUAGCAAAUAGAAGCCUCCAUACUUACUGUGCAUAAAGCCACCUUACUGCUUUACUCCAGCAUAACAUGCCAAUUUUUUGUUCACUAACAAUAGCACAGCUAUAAAGUAAACACUGCAGAAAAGUAUUCACUAUACAAUUAGAAAAUAGGCUUCCAAAGUAGUUACAAGUGUGUUAACAGUGUGAUUUCAUAUAUUUCCCAAAUAAAUGAAGUUGCAGAAUGCUGCCUAGUACUCAAAUGCUGAUAUAAAAUGUUUAACAGGGUAUCUUGUCACUUUGUGAAUGUUGUACACUUUCAGUAGCAUUGUCUCAUGGUGAUCUUUUAUCAUAUUUUGCUUUGAAGGCAGACAGAGAUUCCUAAUAUGCUAACAAACCUUUGUUUUCAGAUUGAACUUUUUGUGUGUUAUUUUGUUGUUGGUUGUUGUUGUUAAGCUACUGCUUAAGGGGAUAUUAAUAAUGUGUAUUUACUGACCUGCUUGCUUUAAGUUCUUCCUCUUGUUGGAAGUCAGGAAAUUCAGAUGAGAAGAAAAACCUCUUCUCACUUGAACUGAAAAGGAAGAAAAUAUUUUAUCAAUCACUUGAUAUCGGCUGACCAGAUGCAUACAGCUAUUCCAGAAAAGUAGAGUGGUUUUACAUCAGAAACUGCAGCUGUUGAAGUAUGUUCUCUGAUAACCCGUUGUGGUUGAAAAUCUCAUUAACCUAGUUUGUUAAAUCCUAUGUUGAUGCACUUAACUAAAAAGUAAUUGAAUAAUUUAAAAGAAGUUUCUUUCAUUGAAUGUAAAUAAUUUUGCACCAGUGAUACGGUUUAAUCUCUGCUUCAGCUUCUGAAAAAAAUAGGAAACUCUAGUCAUACAAGCCUUCUUUGCCUACAUAAAACUAGUAAUUCAUUCAUCUAUGUAGGUUUUGGGUUUCUAAAAAAUACUACGUGCUGAGUGUUCAUCUGGCUUCAUGUGAAUAAUCUGAUCCCAAAAUGAGCCCUGAACAUACAUCUGUUGUAAUUCUGAAUCAUAACUAAGAAUUACUCCUGAGUAGUAUUUCACAGGGCAGAAGACUGUAAUUACCAACCGCUUGUAGACUGGAAUCUUACUUCAUCAGGAUUGGUUGUUGGUUUUUUCGUGGGUUUUUCUUUUGUUGUUGUUGGGUUUGAGGUUUUUAAUUUUUUUUUUUUUCAGUCAGCCAGAAUAUUUGCUCAGGUCUUUGACAUAUGACAAGUACACUGGAUUGUACUUUGCCAUAGACAAAAUUCAGACAGCUGAAGCAGUUUUGGAUCAUGAUAAGUUUUGGGUAAAAUACCAAGUAAAAAAAGUAAAGAUGGAGUGUGGAAGACUGCUUUUUGUUUUAUUAAGUGAUUACAUACAAGAAAUUGUUCAGUGCUUUGGAAGGUUUGAGUUGUAGUUUGGCAUGAGUUAAAAGCAGAAGAGCUGAUGUGCUGUCAUUUUAAUAGAUGCUUUUAAUAAAAACUUGAUUUAAUUUU